AUGCGCGUUUUGCUGAUUGCCGCCCUCGUGGUGGUGGCAGCCAUAUUAUCAGAUGCAAUUGACCCUUGUAAACGUCAGCCAUUCCGAGGUCGAUGCCCUUCUGUGAAUGGAGAAGCUUCAAGACGGUCUCAGUUCGUUUUGAGAUACUAUUUGAGAAAUGGAGAAUGUGUCAGCUACCCAUAUGGACACUGCGCUAGCGACCCAAAUGAGCCGGCCCUUCACAGGUACAAGGAAGAAUGCGAGGAUUCUUGCAUCUCCAACGCUCCGGCCAACCUUGGAUUUCCGAAGGAAUCUCAACCAGCGGAGGUAAAGCAUGUUAAAUUUUACACAACCGAGACACCAAGCACUACAACACAGUCUACACAAGGUACUACGACCACUGAAAUAACUACUGCAGAGCCUUUUGAUAUAAAUUCGAAGGAAAUUUUUGAACAAGAGAAUUCAGUCACCACCAGCACUGAAACCCAGACUACCACUGAUAGUCAGACCACCCAAAAUUCAUCAACAGGUCAGGUUGUCUCUGAAGCUACCAGCACUCACUAUCCAUCAACGGAAGAGCCAACAUCAACUGCUGUAGAAACUACUGAAGCUAUCACUACUGAGAAGCUUACUCCUACCACCACAGAAGCAGAAACUACAAUGCCUGUAACUACUACCACUACCAGCAUGUCUAGUACUGCCACUACCACAACAACCACUACCACGGAAAAUCCAACCACGACGACUCGAAUUAUUACCACCACUUCCCAGGUUCCUUCAACGACGGCCACAUCCACUACUACAGUGACCACAGAAGCGCCACACACCGCCGCUGUUACCGAGGCAGCUGCGAGAACUGAAUGCGAACGUCGGCGGGCAACAGCUACCUUGUCAUCAAUCCGCGGCGGUUUUGUUCCAGCCUGUACGGCGAACGGAAGUUUUGAGCGUGUUCAGUGUGAACGCAAUGGACAUCAGUGCUUCUGUGUUGACGCGAAUGGUAUUGAGACGCCAAACAGUCGCACAAGAAAUGGAGAGCGUCCAGAUUGCUCAUCGAUUCAGUCUACUAGGGCAACGACUACCAAGGAAUGUGUUGGAAAAGCUCUUCCAGGGCCAUGUACUGGUACUUAUACGCGCUUCUACUACAACGAAGACUCACAGAAAUGUGAGCAGUUCACUUAUACCGGAUGUGGUGGAAAUGGAAACAACUACGAGUCGAAAGAGGCUUGCGAAUCUCGCUGCGCACCACCGCCAGUCGGACUACCACGAUGCGAAAUCGGAGAGCCGCUCAAAACUAAGAUCGGUGUCCCAGUUAACUGCGCCAAGACGGAUUGUCCAUCGGGAUAUCGCUGUAGCAUCGUUCAGCAAUCAAGUGUUUGCUGUCCCGAGAACACCAAAACAGUUGGACUUCAAACUAAUGGUCGUGCCAGCCGGUGUGCCCUACCAAAGGAGCGCGGGCCGUGCGAUAAAUAUGAACUCCGCUUCUAUUUCAAUGCCGAUUUGAACGAAUGCAAGUACUUUUUCUGGGGUGGAUGCGAAGGAAAUGAGAACAACUUCGAACGCGUCGAGGAUUGCGAGAGCGCAUGCGGAAUCCGGCGAAACGGUGAAUCACCAAGAGUGACGAAUCGACCAAACGUUGAGAUCCGAACAACCCAGGGCAUCCGAAUUACACCGAAUGGAAAGUUGAACUGGAAUAACGAAGAGAAUGAUGAGACGACAACUCCUCUUCCACAACAAAAUACUACCAAUGCCGCAACAACUAGAGUCCCACCCCGCGUUGACACCACAACCACUACUCGCCAUGUGGUUUCCACUACGACCAGAAGACCACCAACGACCACUACGAGAACAUUCAGAACAACGACUACUAAAGCUGAGUCAGGCUCCACUGAAGAAGAGGAGGUGGAAGAAGAAGUUGAUGACACCAAACCACUCCAUGUUCAAGCUCCGGUUCAGUCUCCAGUUCUACUAGGAGGUACCGAUGAUGCGAUGUCUGAUAGUGUCAAUCGUUGCCUUCAUCCAAAAGAUGCCGGAAACUGCCGCGGUCAAUUCGUUCGCUGGUAUUACGAUGCCGACCGUAAUGUGUGCGACGUGUUCACUUACACCGGAUGCCAAGGAAAUGGAAACAAUUUUGCCAGCAGAGAGGAAUGCGCGGCGAUUUGCAAAAAACAAGAGCCGACGCCGUCGCCGACGCCAGAUUUCAAUCAGAUCUGCAGCAACGAUGUAGACGCCGGAGAGUGCAACGGUGUCUUUGAGCGAUUCGCCUUUGAUAGCGAUACCGGAGAUUGUCGUCCAUUCACCUAUGGUGGAUGCGGUGGAAAUGGAAACAACUUCGCUUCUAUGAACGAAUGCAGACAGCGAUGCGUCAAAUCGUCCGACGUUCAAGUCAACGUUUGCGCUAGCGACAUUGACGUCGGAGAGUGUAGCGGAGUGUUCCCAAGAUACGCUUUCGAUAAGACUAUUGGUGAUUGCCGCAAGUUCACAUAUGGUGGAUGUGGUGGUAAUGGAAACAAUUUCGCCUCAGCGCAGGAAUGCCGCAACAAGUGUGUGAAUCGCGUGUGCCCAGAAGCCCCUUCAUGUGACUUGUCUCGCUGCCAAUUGGUCAAUGACCGAUCGGGAUGCCCAUUCUGCUCAUGCCCACCUGUGAAACAACCUCUGCCACCAGCACCACAAUGCGCUCCAGUCGAUAAGAGCAAGUGCCAGCAGCCUUGCAUCAUCUUCAGCAACCGAAAGGGAUGUGACGAGUGUGUGUGCCCAAGCCCAGCAUCCGAGCCAAUUCCACCUUCGCCACAUGUUACCCUUCCAACAACAUCUGCUACGGAUGAGGCAAGACCACCAGCUCCUCACACCACUUCAGCUCAACCUCCGGCUAGCCAUGUUCGGCCAGGACCUCCAGGAAGUAUUACUACUGGAGCUUCUCCACCUUCACCAAACACCCAACCCCCAAGACAAUUUGCCGUUUCCACAUUCGAAGAUGUGAAGCCGUCUGAUCUUCCACAUUUACCACGAAACUUGGCUAACCAGAUUGGCGAGAAAUGCCUUCAGAACGUUGAGCCAGGACCGUGCAAGAACUUCUCUGACCGCUGGUACUUCAACUCCGAGGACGGCACUUGCCAUCCAUUCAAAUAUGGAGGAUGCGCCGGAAACCGCAACCACUUCUUCACCCAGAAAGAAUGCGAAGUUCAUUGCGCCAGAUUCUUGAGCGGCUCGUCAACAGAUGUGCAUGUGAAUAUACUCACGCCUUUUGAAACUGAUGUCUCUGCCACUACUGAUCACUCGCACUCUACUGAGAUUUUACAAGCGUUCCCCGAACCGAAGGUUUCCAUUUCCCAUCCGCCGCGACAACAUGGUGCUAGUAGUGUCCGAGUCCAAGCUCCAAUUCCAACCAUUUCAACAAAUGGAUACAUUAGCGAGAAAAUUGAAGCCUACGUUCCGCCAAAGCCGAAUCAUCAGCUCGUCGGAUUGUCACCUCCAGUUGAUCCGACUUAUUUCACCUAUAAUAGUCAGAAUCAAGGACAAAGAAGAGUAUUUGGAUCAAAUAACGUUGUUGGCACUGCCCCAGUCCAUAAUCAGUUCCAAGGACUUCAACCACUCCAAUCGCAGGGCAUCAAUGAUGCUACAGAUAGCUUAGUUGGACAAGAAGCGUGGAAGAAUUCGUUGAAUUUAAAUACUCAAAAUCGCUUGAACCAGGAAUUAAGAAUUAAUCCUGAGAAAAAUCGUCCGGAGAGCUCUUUGAAUCGAAAGUUGCCAAUUGACUUCGAAGUAAAGCAAUCCGGGCAAAUUAUUCAACAACCAGUAACACCACAGCCAAAACCUAUUCUUCCUGAGCAUCGGUUAAAUCAACAACCUCAAAUUGAAUCGAAGCCAGUAGACGAGAAGCUAGAAACGCUGAUUCGGGGUAGAGACGAGUUCCAAGAGCGCUCAUCCCGCCCACAACAAUCAAUAAAGCCACGAGAAGAAAUCAUCUCUUCAAGAACUAUUAGUGGAAUUCAUCAAGUUCUAUCAACGGCGAGUCCGGUCGAUCUGAAGCCGAAGUCCCGUCCUGAUAUUCUUCCAGUUGCUGCUGAGCAGAAUUUGCAAUCCACGCAUAAUCAGCCUACCACAAAGGGUAUUGAGAAAUUUGGCGGCGAGACGAUAUUCGAAUCCACACCAAGAAUAAAGGAACAACCUAGAGUGUUCACGCCCGAUUCGUUCAGCCGCGCUCAUCCAAGAAUCGCCAGCAAAAUCCACAACAGAUUUGCCACAAAUGCUCCAACCACAGUUGCUCCAACACAAACAACAGGACCAUGGUACCAGAAGACGACAACCCCAUGGUGGCUUCAGAAUCCGACGACCAAAAAACGACCGGAGAUCAAAAUUGCGAAAAUCAAUAAGAAUUUGUCGACAACAACACCAGUUCCACCUCCAACAACUACCGCUCGAUUAAUUUUCGAUCCAUCACAUUACGUUUACUACAACGGUGAUUACUAUGGUCCGACAAUUCCGGGAAUUAGGAUUAACCAGUCAUUGACUGAGUCGGAGCAAAAAGAAGCUGUUCAAGCUUUGGAGACAUUUAAGGAGCUUUCAAAAGGAUUCCGUGAACAGGCGGAUAAAUUCCUGCGUGAUAAAAAUCACAAAGAAACCAUGACAGUGUCACGGACUGAGAAGGGAACCUUUGUUAUUAUUUGCCCGCAUGAGCAUUCGCACAAUCAAUGUUUGGUUCUUCACGUUUUAGUUUACACUUCUAUUUUAGGAAUUUCCGAUGACCGUGAGGAACAUGUUGGCGGUCUUCGUCGACCAAUUGCUCACGGAGUUCCAAUUCAGCCAAUUGUUCCAUUGAAUGUUGUGAACUACAACUCUCCGGAUCCGGCCACACGAGGUGCACCACCAGGUCGGGAAACCUUUGGUAAGAUUCCACUGCAAGAGCUCGAUGAGCUCACAUCAUUCGAAACCGCACGCCCACCAGCACCUCAUUCGGCCACAACGAUUGUUCCUCGUUUGCCAACGCUGAACAAUGUGAUCACAGGAACACGCGUGCAAGGAUUUGUUGUGCCAAGUGCAUCACGGGCUAUCGCUUCUUCAACGACAACCACGACACAGAAACCAACACGAGCCCAAACCACAACCACUCCAUUAAGCACAUCAUCGGUUAGCUCCGAAGAGUCUCGCGAAGAUGACGAUUCGAGAGAAGAAGUGAUCAAGGAUGUUCAAGAGGAGAAGAGCAACAUCCUUCUUCAAGAAGUCGAUCUCGAGGCUUUCCAAAAACCACCACGUGCCGAGACACCAACCACUGAUUUCGAAGAGCAACUUCAGGGAUCUGGAUCUGGAUCGGAAUUUGAGGAAGCCUCUGAGGAGAGUGAAGAGCUCAUUCAAACCACUGAACCAUCACGUCUUCGAAAAAUCAAUAUCCAACGAAUUCGAAAGGUUGAUCCAGAGGUUGUUAGCACUACCCCGACCACUACAUCCACCACCACAACCACCACUGAGACAGUCAUAUCCUCUGAGAAAGUGUCAGUCACUGAACAAUCCACUAGUUCGCAGUCGUUCGUAGAGCAACAACCUUCGUCAGAAACACUACGAACCAAGACUGAAUCCACAGAGUCGUCUGCACAAAAACAAAGCACAGAAUUCACUUCUGAAGCAACAAAUGAUGCUUCGGCUGACACCACAUCCACAACCGAGCCAGUCACAUCCACAUCAGAGCCAGCCACAAUUAGAAAGGAGCCCGUCACAACCACAGAAGAGCCUAUCACAACCACAGAAAAACCUGUCACAACCACAGAAGAGCCUGUCACAACCACAGAAGAGCCUGUCUCAACCACAGAAGAGCCUGCCACAACCACAGAAGAGCCUGCCACAACCACAGAAGAGCCUGUCCCAAUCACGUCCACCACGACUCCUGUAGUCACUUCCACGACGACAAAAGUCACCCGCACGACAUCGGCAAUCACUGCUGAUGAAUCGGAGGAAGUUUCCGAGUUCGCCUUCAACAGCGAUGAGCAAGACGAAAACACUGAACUUAUUCAAUCUCCAGAACCACAUCAUGCUGCUGCCUCAAAAACACUUUCGGAGGUUAAAGCUGUGGAAACCGAAAAAUUCCACAAGAUUAAUAGCCAAGUGAAUAACGGAAUCGGACGUCAAUCUAGUACAAUCAACAUCGAUCAAGCCGGACAAUUUUCUGCUCCAAUUCCAACAGCCGAGAUUAGAAAUGCGGCUUCUCCAACCACUCAGCAGCCAAGAUUUGAGCCACGAUUUGAUGGACGCGUUGUAUGUGCUUUGCCUCCAGAUGCUGGAACCUGCACCAAUUACGUUCCACGCUGGUUCUUCAACUCACAGACCGGACAAUGCGAGCAAUUCGCGUUCGGCUCUUGCGGUGGAAAUGAGAACAACUUCGCUGAUCGUAAUAUUUGCGAGCGCAAGUGCAUGCCACAUCACGUCAUCCUCUCUCAAGUUCCGGAUCGUUGCGCUGUUGAUAAGGAUUCUGGUUCUGGAAGAGGCUACAACGUCAAGUGGUACUUCAACAUGAAGAACUUGCGUUGCGAGCAAUUUGUGUUCGAAGGAAUCGGAGGAAACCAAAAUCAAUUCGAGACUCUUUCGGAAUGCGAGCGCAUCUGCACACCUGCCAACACCAAACCAAUCGCACCAAUUGUUGCCACCACUACAACACGUCAACCGUUUUUGGAUAGCGAGAGUGAAGAGGAGGAGUACGACGAUGAAGAUCCUAUUGUCCUCCCUGAUAGCAAUGCGUUGCCUCCACUGAGACCAUCGACAUUCGGAGCCAUUGAUCAAUUGAAUGUUGUUUCUGAGUCAAGCUCGGUUCCAACUACAGUUCAAACCACACCAAGACAGACUACUCCAUCAACUACAUCUACCACUACGGCACCAACUCCAGUCACAACAACUACUACAGCUGCUGCUUCCCAGCCAAUUGCUACUCAGACAGUCGCUUCUCAGCCAAUCACUACCACCGCUACCGCAACUAGAGUCAUCUCUACCCAAACAACUACUCCAUCAACGACGACUACUGCGAGAAAUACUGAGGCGACACUAAGCCACCAACCUACUCAUACUGUGAGACCAGUCCAAGCUGGAGUUCCAGUUCAGCCUGUCGAGAAUGUGUUGCCAGUCCAUCCAGCUGAACAGAAUCUCCCAAUUGUCCCACAGUUGGCUGCUGUUAACAUUCAUGGCGACGAACAAUUCGUUCCGGAACUCUCUCAAAUUCGGCCAGUUGCUCCAUUUAUUCCUGAAGUUCCAGUCAUCAGCGAGACCACUCCACUUCCGCCGGCCGCAGAACCACGACCACCUGCCAUCAAUGCUGCCAAGACCGUCGUUGUCGAUCAGGAUGAUACUAAAUCAAAGACUUACAAGGCUGAGCCAGUUGUUGGUCGCGAGCAUAUUCCAACUCCUAACGAGGGUCAGCCAAUCGUUGCACCAAGUCCAAAAGAAACUGUCAAUUAUCAAACCGGGGAAGUCGUUGCCAAGGCAAGCGGAAUCCGCAAUUUCAACGGGGAGAGCUCAAAGAUCGGAACCGAGAAGCUGUUCUCGCACAAAGAAGCUUCAGGACUUCCCGCAUGUCCAAAUGGAAGACAAGAGAUCCGAUAUGCUGAUGGAAGACCGGUUAUGUGCCUUCCAGGAAAGAAUCAAUGCCCAGAUCGCUCGUCUUGCUAUUACAACGGUCUCGACUUUUUCUGCUGCCCAGAAGAAGAGGAUCCAUAUGAUAAGCACGCGUUUGGAGGAUAUGGCGGAGAGGAAACCAAGAAUGGCUACAAGGUUUUCGGAAGCCUCAAUAUUCGCCGUCUGAUGGACGAAGUCCCUCUUCGUCAAAAGCGUCAGGCUAACAUUGAAUUCAACAUUGAUUCUGUCGUUGCACCACUUCGUUUCGACGCCGAGAAACCGCAUACCGUGUCCCACGCCAAACUGAUGAAGAGCAAGGCAGUCCCACGCCAGGGUGCCAAUCCAUUGUGCAUACAGCCAGUCAUUCGCGGAUCCUGUAACGAGGCUCACCUUCGUUACUUCUACGAUCGCGUCUCUGAUUCUUGCCGACUCUUCGAAUAUUCUGGUUGUGAUGGAAACGCCAACAACUUCGGAUCUCUCGAAGACUGCCAACGGUUAUGCGUGUUAAACGUUAAAAACAUCAAAGAAGGAAAACUCCCAACAACCACUGCUGCUCCGAUCGUUCUCGAAGAUGAAGAGAAGCUGCCACCGGGUCAAUGCCCAGGCGGACGUGCGCCACUUGGAGGCACCGCUCCAGUUCUUUGUGGAAACACCACCGAAUCGAUUGGAUGCCCAACAUCGUACUACUGCAGACGAGGACCGCCAGAUGUUUGCUGUCCGGGAGUUGAUCCAAAGCUUCAAAUGCCAGAAGAAAUUGUGAAAGAUGCCAGUCGAGGAGUAAUUAAGAACGAAUCUCAUAUGCCACGUGGAUUCAAUCGUCAGAUUUUCCUUUCAACACCAAAGUACAUGUGCCCAGAUGCUGCCGACCCACUGAUUCUUGAAAACGGAGAGCCAAUGAUGUGUGGAAGUGGAUUUGAUGGAGUUCAAAUGUGUCCAAAGGGCUAUUAUUGCGCUAUUGACACUGCGAGAAACUCUCGUCUCUGCUGCCCACUCUUCGGAGAAGCUCACAGAAUUUCAAGCGAGGAGAUUUUCGCGCAUCGUUUGUCUGCUACGGAUGCUCCGAAGAAAUCAAUCGAGGAAGAUUUUGAGCAAGAGGGAGACGAUGAGGAAGACGAGGAAGACGAGGAGGAAGAAGGACAAUUGGCACACUUGCAAAUGAAACCAAACAAACCAAUGGAUACUGCUGAAAAACUUGAAAAGCAAUCAACCUUAGCCACUGAUGUUAAUGCCGAAUCUCCAGUUUCAAUUGAUUUGGGGUCUGACGAUGAUCAUUCAGAAGAGGUGACAACGACUACUGAGAAGAUUACCAUUCAAGACAAGUCCGUCUGCCAAAUCAAACCAUCUGAAGGUCGAGUUUGUAAUGACAAUGAGAAGCCAACCCGAACGAAUCUUCAAUACUUCUACUCACCGCGAGACCGAAGAUGUAAGCUCUUCUUUUUCCGAGGAUGCGGUGGAAACUUGAAUCGAUUCGAGAAAAAGUCGGAUUGUGAAGCUUUGUGCCUUUAA